UCUAUUUCAAGUUAUGCGUAUGAUUUUUCUAAUCUAAACUGUUAUCAUAUUAAUUCUAUAAUACCUGCAAUUAAUUAGAUAAUAAUAAGAGCUAUGGAAGUUGGAAAUAAUUCGUCAAUUCUCAUGCCUGAAUUUUUGGGCCCUGUUUUUAAAAAAGAAAACAUUAAUUUACAGCAGGUUCUUAUUAACAACAAUCUAUACAUGCAAUCAACAAUUUUGGCGACAUUUUUACCCGAUGAGCUUAUUGUUUUACUGCAUGAUAAAACGAAUUAUUUUGAGACUUAUAAGGCUAUAGUAUUAAUUUUAGAUAUAAAUUUAUGUCAGAUUUUAAAUUUAUACACGAGUGCUGUUGUUGAACAGAUUUAUAUUCAUGGAGGAGAUGUCAUACAAUUUACAGAUGAAAUGAUUUUGUCAAUAUGGAGAAUGCAUAAGAACACAUUAAUACAAGAACUUAUGAAUAAAACCAUAUGUUGCUGUUUUAUUAUACAAGAUAUUACAAAAAAUUUUGAAUGCAAAAGAAACAUGAAUUUCUUAAAACUUUCACAAAGUACAAUAUCAUAUAAAAAAUUUACUCCAUUUAUAAAAAUUUCCAUUUCUAUUGGAAAUGUAACUUUCACGAUGAUCGGCGAUCGUCAUGGUGAUAUUCUUCAUUAUAUUAUAACUGGUAACGCAGUGACAUUGGCUAAAAAAGCCAUUAAUUUAAAUACAGUCGAUGGAUUUAUUAUUCAUCAGAGUGCAGCCAAGUAUUGUAUUUUAUCUCAUUACCUCCACGAGAUCAUAGAUGACUAUCACAUUAAGAUAAUAAGCAAGUUAGAUGAACAGAAAUAUUUUUAUAUAUUUGCUAGCAAACAGCAAGUAAAAGUUAAUUAUGAUGUUGGAUAUCGUUCUAUAUUAAAUACAUACAAAGUAAAAUCAAAUGCAAAUUUGAGAAGAUUUGUGAAUCAAUCAGUACUUAAGCUGAUUGAUAAGGAUAAAUCUUUGAAAGAACUAUAUGAAAUAAGAAAUAUAACUGUUGUCUUUAUUAGAAUUUCUUCAUCAAAAUCCGACAUAUCUGCACUUGUAUCUCUAGCUGAUAAAUGUCAUGCAAUUAUAAUAAAAGCUUGCAAAAAUCUAGGAUGCAUUCAAGAAAUAAGUAUAUGUGACAAAAUUGUAUUUUGCAUUAUAUUUGGGAUGUAUACCUUUAUAAAAGAUUUAAAUCAUUGUCAAUUUGCUGUUUUAUGCGCUUGGGAGUUGUUCAAUUUAUUGAAAGUCAUGACAGAUAUUGAAGAGGUUUCCGUGGGCGUUUCAACAGGAAUAGCACAGUGCAUGGUUAUUGGUAAUAUUUUACGGCGUCAUUACACAACAUUUGGUCCUCCCAUGACAAAGGCUAAGAAUAUAAUGCUUAUGUCAUCUAAUACGAUUGAAUGUGAUUUGGAUACUCUUUUGUACAGUGGUUUAAAAAGAAAUAAUUUCAAAUGGUCAGGUAUAAUAAAUUGCCGAGGAUUUGAGAAUGGAAGUUCUUUUACUUAUAUGCACAUGCUUGAGGAUUUGAAAUUCAAUAAUAAACAAAGUGCAUAUCCGUUGUUAAGCAGAUUAGAAGAAUUAGACAUUUUUGAUGAUAUAUUAAACGAUAUUGGUCUAUCGCACCGUCCGUAUGCCGGUAUCUUAAUCGAGCUGAAUUAUAAUCCAUCAGAAUGUUAAAAUCAUAGGCACAAUAAUAAUGGCCGUGCUUUUCUUACACAGGGACAAACUAGAAUUGGAAAGUCUCGGAUUUUGGAUGCUUUCAAUUUGUUCGCUAAAGAUAAGCAAAUAAACGUCGUGAAGCUCAUACUUCAUCCAUCAUUUACCGUGAAAUCAUACGUAGUAAUUUACAAGAUCCUCGAGCAGAUUUUCGAAAUACAAGACUGCAAAACGAUAGACGAGAUCGAAAGGAAUCUUAUUCAAAAGUUGAGUCCAAUAUUGAAGCGGAACGAGCUCUGUUAUUUAAACAGGAUUAUGAGGAUGCAGUUUAAGCUUUCUAAAAAGUUCAUCUCCGAGUCCGACUGGCAUCGUCACUACAAUACCCUGAAAAUCUUCGGGAAGAUUUUGAAAAAAUACAGUGGAAAACUGUGUAUCCUACUCGAUGACGUCCAGUACAUGGAUUACAUGUCGUGGAAGUACUUGACGCACGCGCUAUAUAACAAGAACAUCGCUCUAGCAAUGACAAUUCACGAACCGCUUUCGUGGCAAGACUUGUCGAAAGUCGAGAUAGAUAUCUAUAAUGAUAAGCGUCUGCUACGGCACACCUUAACUGGAUUGCAGCUUAAUUAUCUGCCCGCUUUGAUAUGCCAAUUUUUGAACGUUCAUGGCAUUGCCAUUAAAAUAUACGAAUUUUUCAGAGAUUAUAAUAUACAAAGUCCCGGAUGGAUCGAAUUAUUCUUAACGCUAAUGAUUUUAUAUGGUGCAAUAAAUUUCGUCAAAUUUGCGCCGUACGACACGGCCAGUAGGAGCUUUAUUUUUCCCGAAUCAAUUUUUACUACCAGGAUUUCGCCCGACUUGUUUCCGGAAGAGGUCACGUCUUCCGGACCAUGGUACAAAAGAAAUUCCGUCAUAGUUUGCUAUGCAAAUAAUAAUUUCGGCAUUGCCAAAUCACUGAAGGAGUGGAAUAUCAAAGCUCUUGUAUUGGAAAUUUAUACGAGGCUCACCAGUUACGAGCAGGACAUUGUUAAAUGCGCGGCGGUGAUCGGCAAGGUGUUCACUCGCAGCAUGUUGGAACGAAUAAUUCCCAAUCACCAGUCGUGGAAAACGGAAGAAGCCAUAGAAAAUCUGAUACGAUUACGAAUUUUCGAAUGUGCCGCGCUGCAGAGGUGCAGCUAUAAGGUCACUGACCUCAGCAACUGCUCCUUCGAGCAAAGGAGUACUUUCUCGGAUAUGCAUCACUUGGUACGGUGCUGGUGUCACUCGCACUCGAAUUCGUUAACGCAACACUAUUUGUCAUCGUAUGCUCACUGUCGCAUCUUAGAGUUCAAAGCCUCGAUCUUUCAUAGUAUUAUAUACACUUCCUUAACGGAAAACGAGAGAAAAAGGUUUCAUCUAGAGCUUGUAGAAAUCUAUGUGAAGGAUGCCAGAAAAUGCAUAGCUUGCGGUGGAGGAUCCUUUUUGAAGGUUCCAGGAAACAACGAAUUGAACACUCGAACAUCCUAUCUGAUAGAUGAAAGGAACGAAGUAGUUAAUAUGGAAAAUAGUAAUGAUAUCGAGACAGAUCCGAAUAUAAAUAAUAACAAGGAUCCAAUUGAAAUUUCCAAUGUACCCAUAUCGAUUGUAGCUGACGAAGGUUCUCAUAAACAACAAAUAACUCAGUCAAUAUGCAGGCGAUUUAAAAUUCAUCCAAUAACAUUCAAGCAUGACAAUCGGAUAUUAAAUCUAAACAAUUUUCGUGAAAUAGAUUUUCGGAAUUGCUUUUGUCUCAAUGUUAUCGAGCAAAUUUUUUCGAAACUCGAGCAUCACAUUAUAAAUAUCGACGACAACAAGAAAGUAAUAUAUUUUAUGCUGGAAUACGUUGCCGCCCUAAUUCAAUUCGGCCAACCGGAUUACGCACUCCAAUUGUUGGCUGUAGCAAUGGAACGAAACGACUGUGUUAAUAUUUAUGACGCUUGGAUAAACUCGGGGCUGUACAGUAAAAUAAUUACGAAAAGUAUAAUACUUUCCUUAAAAGGAAAUAUUCACGUACUUCUUGGUAAUUAUCCAGAAGCUAAAGCGAAUUACAUCGAAGCGUUAUCUUUAUUUAAAUUAAAGUUCAGUUCUAUUGGCUUGCUGAUGUCCUGCAAAACGAUAUGCCAAAAUAUACGCUGGAGAUUUUCUUGUAAAACUAGCCGUAAAACAACUGGCUCUAUGAUCACAAGACAAAAUACUGCAUCCUGUUUACGUCUCUUUUCUUUAAUACUCAUGAUAAAUAAUCAGCUUAAAGCAGCGAAAUUAACUUCGCUUCAGAGUAUUGUAUUUGGUUUUUCUACUUACGAUAUGAAUAGCUUUCAUGAUCAGUGCCAAUUGUAUUUAUCAAUUGUAAACAUUUAUGGCCAACUAGGAGAUUUAUCGUUUUUAAGUCGUGUUGAAAAAUAUAUUUUGUAUGCAGUUAAUAAGAAGUCCACUUGGAGCAGUAGCGAAGACAUUGUCAUGCUGGCGCAUAUAUAUUUUUCUAUAUUUAAAGUGAGCUUAUUACGAGGAUAUUUGGAAAGAGCUAUAAAAUUUGGUAUAAAGGCGCACCAAUUCUACAAGUUCUUUCACAUGAUUAGAUUGGAGCUAGAAAUAUUGCCAUUGCUUAUUCAAACAAAGAUGCGUUUGAAAAGAAUUUGCGAGGUAGUGAACAUGUUGCAGCGGUUACGUGACAUCUCCAUUCAAGACGUCGAUAAAUCAGCCUUAACUUGGUAUUAUGCCCUUUGUAUGGAUCUACAGCUUGAUGUCGGAAUCAUAUUUGAAAGUUAUGAAAUUUGUGCCACUUACGCUAACAACGUUCUCGAUCACAAUGCAGAAACGCAGAUCCUUCGAGAUGCAAGGGGCUUACGGCGUCUCCUGGCUGGAUUAUGGUUGUUUCAGCUACGAAAAAAUUACCUGAAAGACACAAAUUUCAUCCAGAGCAUAGAAUACUUUACAAUGGAUUUUAGAAACGAUGAUUAUUCAGAGAUAAUAACGCUUUGCAAAGUUCUGGAAUGCCAUUUAAUUCUUUUUAUGCAUUGUCUGAAUAUGAAGAAAGGGAGUAUUAUAAAAUCAGUGCUAACAAAUAUAAACGAACUAAUUAAAAUUCUGGACGAAAUAAUGAACAUCUCGGGCUGUGUAAAGCCCCGUUAUUAUUUGUUGAAAGGAUACCUCAAUCGGCUAAACAGUCGCACGUUAUUGACAAAUUUUUACAUACGCAAGGCAAAGAAAUACGCUCAGGUGCAAAUGAACACGAUGGUACUGGCUUGGAUAAAGCACAACGAAAUGACGUGGAAAUCGGUAAAAUACAGUAACAUGACUUAUUUCUGGGAAGGACACAUAAUCUAUCAGGACAAUAUCUUGUGGCAAGAUUUUGAUAUGCUCGAUCUGAGCAGUUGGUCCAAAUUACUUUAUUCUUUUCCGAUUCCACGCUCAAACAUAUGAUGUACACGUGUUU